AUGGAAUACAAGAACAACGAAUACAUUUGUGGUGGGGAUGGGUUUGUGGGUUGCGGGGGCAAAAAGCUUGGUAAAGAAGACGGUGGCAUGGCCUUGAUAAAGAGAGAGGUUGUCUUGAGGUGGGGAGACGUUAGGAUGGAGGCCUCCUCCUCUCAGCCGAGCAUGUUAGACCAGUAUCCUCCUCACCAUCAUCAAAAUCACAACAAUCAUGGGCAAUAUUUUAAGGCAAUUCCUUCUUACAAAGAGACCACAUUUUAUAGAUAUGAUUUUAUAUAA